GUCUAAUACGGGAGCUUGAUUUGUGUGUACGACUGAGCGUUGUCUCAUGUUUUAUCGAUUUAGUCAGUUUUCUGGUCGUCUGAGUCAGGCAAAUGCUGAAACGGCUUAUUACCCUCAGGGAUUUGGUAAAGUUCCUGAAGUGAAGCCUUCGUCGUUGCCGUCGAGCACUAAGGUUGUGCCGAGUGGUGGUGGAUCGAGUGGAGGAUUUGGCAUCGUGAACAGAGUCAACAGAGUGCCCUUGUUUCAGAACUUGUUUCAGCGAGGUGAUGCUGCCAUGCCCGUCCAUCUGCGUGGCGGACGUCGAGAUGUCGUGAUCUACCAAUCACUGAUGGUGCUGUCUGUGGUAGGAACGGUAUUCACCUUUCAACAACUCUUCAUGGCUGCACUGGGCAAAAUGAAAAAGCUCUAGGAAAACAUAAGAAAGACAGUUGACUAUCACGUUGUGGUCUUUAUGCGAUAGUUGAUUUCAAAUAUUGUAAUCUUUAUGUAUGUGUAUUAUCAAGCAGUUUCCAUCCCAUCUCU